AUGAAAGCUGAUCAAUACACCACUUUAGUAGACAGUUCCAUCCGUCGUAAAGUAGUAGAAGGGACUAUUCCAAUCAUUGUCAGAAUACCAUUUAAGGCUGAAGACAAAUACACUCUCUACAAUGCGUCGAGAAACGAAUACCUCCCAAUUCUUCUUCAAAGCUCUAUUCAAGACUUUUUGGCCGACGUCGAACAACAGCCAACCGCAUUAGCUUUUUUCAUCAACGACCAACCAAUUAAAUGGUGUUGGCCAAUUGGAGUCAUUUUCGACGCAUUACACAACGGAUCACUUCCAAUGGAAAUCACUCUUGGUGUUAACGUGAACGACGUCAAAUUCCAGCCGUACGAAAACGAAGAGUCAAUCAAGAACUUCCACAUCCAACAGUUAAAAGAAAGUGUCUAUCUUCGAUUCAAAACUAUUCAACCAAUUAGAAAGCUGGAGGUCGGACUUAUCCCCCCACUCUGGGAAGCACAUGCACAAACAAAACUGGAGGAUUACGAAAAGGUUUAUAACCCACUUGUUAUCACAGACGAAGACUGGGACUGUGUCCCCAUUCACUGGUACUUUGGCAAUGGGAGGCGUUACACAGACGCAAUACUCACACUGACUGAAGGGAAGCUGACGACAGUAGGUGACGGCGUGAAAAUAUUUUUCAAUGAACGUGAGAUCGAUCAACAACAGGAAAAAUUGGUCGUACUCAAAGACGGAAAGAUAGAAGAAAACAAAUUUGUGGUGAUUAUCCAGGGCGUCACAGUGCCAUUGGAUACGCCUUUACUUUGGUUGGCACUUAAUAUGUCAGGGUCGGAUAUGUUUUUGCACAUUGUUGUUAGGCCAGCGGAUGAUUUAUUAAUUACAAUUUGA